CACAAUCCCUUCUUCCUCCUUCCUUCCUUCCUCCCUCCCUCCAGCCAUUUCCUUUCUCUCCCGCACCUUGGUUGUGUGCUUUAUCAGAAGUUUUUAGCUGACAAUCCACAACCCACAUUGCCUAAUUAAUCCACUAAGUGUGGAUUAGUGAGUGCUUAAGCUUCCCUGUACAUCAUACAUUUUUCUCUACUUGUCUCUGUUCUUCCCCUGUUUGAGCAGAGAUAAGAGUAGCCGCCUGCUACUGCAUUUACUGAAAAGUGGAGGAAAGAAGGAACAACCCAUUUCUGCUAUGUAAUUAUACAGUUAUGGAGAAGUCUGCGAGGCGAAUUUCAGCUGCUGCUGCUGCUCCCCUGCUUCUUCUGUUCUUACUCUGCUCUCUCCACUCUGCUUUUGCUGACCAUGACUACGGCCAAGUUCUCAGCAAGAGCAUUCUCUUCUUCGAAGCUCAGCGCUCUGGGUUCCUCCCCCAUAACCAGAGGGUGACUUGGAGAGGUAGCAGGCGGUAGAGUAGUCUCAGGCUCCAUCAUUCCUCCUCGCGACGACCUCGGUCUACGAAGCCGCUGCGUGGUGGUCUGUCUCUGGAUUUGACUACUCCGACAGCCAUGGAUUAUUAAAGAAUCAAAGGAUGCAGUGGUGAAAAAGGGAUUGAGUCAUUGAGGAGGAGUUUUCUAGAUCUGGAGAUUUGGGAUUUUGGUUUUGAAUGUUGGAUUUGGGAAUGGAGAUCGUCGUGCAUCGGCCGUGUGGAUUGAGAAGGUGGGGAUCUGGAAUUGAGAAGAGAGGGGAGGCAUUAUUCGUGGCGGAAGAGGAAAGGAGAGAGGGGAGAGAGAAUAAAAAAAUUAAUUAAUUAUUUUUUAUUUUUGUUUUCGGUUAAUUCCACCUAUUGACAAAAUAUUGCCAACUCAGCAUUUUCCGUUAGUCUAGUCAUACCGUUAUAUAACACCGUUAAAGGAAUGGACGGAAUUGGCUAUUUUUGGUUUUCGAAUAGAAAUGGCUAUAUUUGUCAAAGGUGUGAAAGUUAUGGCUAUACAGGUGUAUUUUGCCUAACUAUUUCUUAAAAGAGUAGCCCCUUCUUUUUCAUUCAUCAACGGUACCUCUUCUUCUUCAUCUCCCCUCACCUUCGUAUAUCUCCUAUAAUCCGUCGUCAAUUUCUUAAUUUUGGAUUCGCUUAAUUAUCUCAUUCACCAUCGAUUUCCCUACUUUUCCUCAUCGAAUUCGCCUAAACACUUUUAAUAUCCGUAUUUAAUGAAUUAAAUUGUUAACA